AUGGCUAUCCCAGUUGUUGACUUCACCAGCGUGCAGCAAGGCACCGUGAUAAAGCCACUGAAGCUGCAAAUGAGAGCUUGGAGGUUCCGGGGAAGCCGCGGAACGCGUCCAAACUCUUACAUUACCAAUAACGUUUUUAUAAUUGGUAUUUCCAGAAAUUGA